AUGUUUGAACAUGAUUUUUUAGCGCUUUUCCCAGAGAUCUUUCUUAUUAACGCAACCAUCAUUUUGCUUAUUUAUGGAGUUGUAUUUAGUACCUCUAAAAAAUAUGAUUAUCCACCAUUAGUGUGUAAUGUUAGUUGGCUUGGUUUACUUAGUGUUCUAAUAACUAUCUUAUUGCUUGCUUCUAGCACACCUCUAACUGUUGCCAACUUAUUCUAUAAUAAUUUAAUAAUAGACCAUUUUACAUAUUUUUGCCAAAUCUUUCUAUUAGUAAGUACGGCUAGCACUAUAGUUAUGUGUCUGGGUUAUUUCAAAGAAGAGAGUUUGAAUGCUUUUGAAUCUAUUAUCUUAAUUCUACUUUCUACUUGCAGUAUGCUCUUCAUGAUCUCGGCUUAUGAUUUAAUUGCCAUGUAUUUAGCUAUUGAGCUUCAAAGUUUAUGUUUUUAUGUGAUCGCAGCAUCAAAAAGAGACUCUGAAUUUUCUACAGAAGCUGGCUUAAAAUAUUUUAUUUUAGGUGCAUUCUCCUCUGGAAUUUUAUUGUUUGGUUGUUCUAUGAUUUAUGGAUUUACUGGAGUUACCAACUUUGAGGAAUUAGCUAAGAUUUUCACUGGAUAUGAAAUCACUUUAUUUGGUGCUCAAUCUAGUGGUAUCUUUAUGGGGAUUCUAUUUAUUGCUGUAGGUUUUUUAUUUAAGAUCACAGCAGUUCCUUUUCAUAUGUGGGCACCUGAUGUAUACGAGGGUUCACCUACUCUGGUUACAGCAUUCUUUUCUAUUGCACCUAAAAUAUCUAUUCUUGCCAAUAUGGUACGUGUUUUUAUUUAUAGUUUUUAUGAUCCAACAUGGCAACAAUUAUUCUUUUUUUGCAGCAUUGCUUCUAUGAUCUUAGGAGCAUUGGCUGCAAUGGCUCAAAACAAAGUCAAAAGACUUUUAGCUUAUAGUUCUAUUGGACAUGUAGGUUAUCUUUUUAUUGGUUUUUCAUGUGGAACCAUAGAAGGUAUUCAAUCGCUACUAAUUGGUGUUUUUAUUUAUGUAUUAAUGACCAUCAAUGUAUUCGCCAUAGUUUUAGCAUUACGUCAAAACCGUUUCAAAUAUAUAGCAGAUUUAGGUGCUUUAGCCAAAACUAAUCCUAUUUUAGCUAUUACCUUGUCUAUUACUAUGUUUUCAUACGCAGGAAUACCCCCGUUAGCCGGAUUUUGUAGCAAAUUUUAUUUGUUUUUCGCUGCUUUAGGCUGUGGGGCUUACUUACUAGCCUUAAUAGGAGUUGUUACUAGUGUUAUCAGUUGUUUUUAUUAUAUACGCUUUGUGAAAAUAAUGUAUUUUGAUACACCUAAAAAAUGGAUUCUAUAUAAACCCAUGGAUCGUGAAAAAUCCUUACUACUAGCAAUUACUUUAUUUUUGAUCAGUUUUUUCUUUCUAUACCCUUCUCCCCUAUUCUUAGUCAGCCAUCAAAUGGCACUAAGUCUAUGUUUGUAA